CUCGUGUUGCGCGCUGUCCUCAUCUGCGCGUUCUGGUUCUUGCCUGGACUAACAGCGCAGGGGCGGUGGAUCACCAAAACUUUUACCGAAUUUAGCCAUACAAGAACCGGGUUUGGGGGUUCGGGCUGCCUCUGCGUUUGUUUUUUCGGGGAUUUUUUUUUUUGUUUUACUUUUUUAUUUUUUGUUAAGCCAUGGAGACUUUGAGAGUUCUCCUUGUGCUGCUGUGUGUCCUCCUGGCCAGAGCGCAAACGCAGAUCCAAAGACCCAAGUCUGCGGAAUGCCCCGUUGACCUCUUCUUCGUGUUGGAUACAUCUGAGAGUGUGGCCCUCAGACAGAAACCUCCCAACUUUUACAUUGACCAGAUCAAAGAAUUCACCAAACGCUUCAUAGAUGAACUUCAGGAGAUGCGCCAUCGAUGUGACCGCUUCCUGACGUGGAACUCAGGGGCGCUGCACUACAGUGACGAGGUUAUUCUGGUUCGCGAGCUGAGUGACAUGAGAACUGAUCGUCAGGCCCUGAAGAAUGACAUUGAUACCAUCAAAUACAUUGGCAAAGGGACCUACACUGACUGCGCCAUCAAGAGGGGUCUUGCUGAGCUGCUCAUAGCGGGUUCCCACUACCAUGAGAACAAAUACAUUGUGGUGGUGACUGAUGGCCAUCCCAUUACUGGGUACAAGGAGCCUUGUGGCGGAGUACAGGAAGCCGCAAACGAAGCAAGGCUGCAUGGUGUCAAGGUGUUUGCUGUCGCCAUCUCACCUGAUCAGGAGGACACCAGACUUUCCAUUAUCGCCACAGACCAGAAUUACCGGCAGAACUUCACUGCCGCAGAUGACUCCAGAGCCACCAAGAUUGGAACUAUUCGAACCAUCAUACAUAUGAUUACAAACGAAACCAAGGAUGUGUGCUGCUCAUUUGACUGCAAUGCACAAGGAGGCCCUAAAGGACCUGAUGGGGAAACUGGCAGCAUGGGAGAAACUGGUAGACCGGGAAUGCCAGGAGAGAAAGGAGAUAUUGGUGCCGUGGGCAGUGUUGGAGAUCCUGGUCCUGUUGGAUACAGUGGAAUGAAGGGAGACCGAGGUGGGAGAGGACUGAAGGGAGAAAGAGGGCACAAAGGCUACAAGGGAGAAAAAGGCCUAAGGGGAAAUGAUGGCAUUGAUGGACGCAAGGGUGAAGCUGGUUUCCCUGGUCUUCCUGGCUGUAAAGGAUCUCCUGGAUCAGAUGGUCUUCGGGGUGAGCCUGGGCCGAAGGGAGACCCUGGUCCUUAUGGGCCAAAGGGAGAAAAAGGAGAUAGUGGAAGAGACGGAGAGCCAGGACGAUCUGGAAACUACGGGCCUUUAGGUCCUAAGGGUGAUCGUGGACCCCGUGGCGCUAAUGGCGACAAGGGAGAGCGAGGCGAUGAUGGUGCACCUGGACCAGACGGACCUCGUGGCAGCAUAGGAACAGUUGGAGAGAAGGGUGAACAAGGAUCCCGUGGAAACAGAGGGCCAAGAGGAGAGCCAGGAGAACCAGGACCCCGUGGAGAGCAAGGACGUGAGGGCUCAGCUGGCCCCAACGGAGACCCUGGUGAGCCUGGCAGGGAUGGUUCCGCUGGAUACAGAGGAGAUGAAGGCCCUCCGGGACCAGAGGGAACCAAAGGCCCAAGAGGAAUCAAAGGAUCUGCUGGUGACAGAGGCCCAAUGGGAGGCAGAGGUGAAGACGGUGUAGCAGGAAAUGGUACUGCAGGUUGCCCAGGUUUCCAGGGUUAUCCAGGCCCUCGUGGAGAUGCCGGUGAAACUGGUGGCAGGGGAACCCCUGGACCCAAAGGAGAUGAUGGAGAAGCUGGUGACCCAGGCCCUGAUAACAAUCAACCUGGACCUCCAGGAGCUAAAGGGGCUAAAGGUCACAGAGGACCUGAGGGAAGACCGGGACCUCCUGGGCCUCCUGGACCAGCAGGAACUGAUGAAUGCGAAAUUCUGGAUAUCAUCAUGAAGCUCUGCUCUUGUUGCGAAUGUAAAUGUGCCGCUCUGGACUUGGCGUUCAUUGUGGACAGCUCCGAAAGUAUUGGCUCUACAAAUUUUGCUCUUGCCAAAGACUUUAUCAUCACCGUUGUAGACAGACUGAUUAAAGACCAGCAGGUCAAGUUUGCAGGUAAUGAGUCCAGGGUGAGUGUUGUGCAAUACAGUGGAGCAAAAGCCCAAGAAGUCGUCCAACUUGGAACCAACGUUGCUACCCUCACUGAGUUUAAACAGGCUGUGAAAGACCUUAAAUGGUUGGCUGAGGCCACUUACACAGGCGAGGCCCUAAAUUUUGCUCUGGAAAACACGAUCAAGGUAAUGAGGCAGGAGAACCGUGUCGUUCUGGUUCUCACUGAUGGACGCUCAGAUAUUCUCAGGGAUAGGGUACCUCUCAGCGUCCUGUGUGGUAAUAACGUCAGGGUGGGAGGUUUAGGGGUGAAGGACUACUCGGGCCGUCAGCCCAACCAGGAGCAGCUUGGAGAUUUGGUCUGUAAGAAUGAUCCCAAACCAGGCUUUUCGUUCGUUUUGGACAACUUUGCCGAGCUACUUGAUGACACUUUCCUGCAGAACCUCACAUCCAAAAUCUGUCAAGAUAAGAAAUGCCCAGACUACAAAUGCCCAAUUUCCUUUUCUCAAAGUCAUGACAUUCUACUGAUGAUGGACAGUUCAGCUAGUGUAGGCCAGAAGAACUUCGAAUUAAGUAAGACCUUUGCGCACCGAUUGGUCGAGCGCUUCCUGAAUGCUCAAAAGCAGAGAGGCGUUAAUGUCAAAUUGGCUGUCGGCCAGUACAGCCGAAAUGCCCGCAUGGAGCAAGGCCUGACGACAAACAUGACGCUGCUGUCCUAUCACAUCAAUGAGAUGGCCUUCCAAAAUGACGGCACCAACGUAUUAGAAGCCAUGGAAUUAGCCAGCAAUGCUCUCCAACCUCGCGGCGACGCAAGCGGAACCAAGAAGAAGGUGGUGUUGUUCUCAGACGGCAGAUCUCAGGGCGUCACCGAGGCCGUUCUGGAGAAACGAGUUCGUGAUCUGGCAGAUGCCGGCUUGGAGCUCUAUGUCAUCGCGGCGGGCAGCCAAGUCAACGAGCUCAACCUGCGUACGCUGGUGAGCAGGGGGCAGCGCGGUGAUAUCAACUACGCUCAGCGCCACCUCUUCCGCGUGGCAGACUACCCCUCACUGCUUCGCGGAGUCUUCCACCAAACUGUCUCCCGAAGAGUGUCCAUGCCCUGAGUGCAGGACCCACGAUAACAGGACCAACACUCUUUAAAUUUUUAGUCCCAUUAUGAAUAGUCAGUCUCAUUUACCAUACACUGUUUUUUUGUUUUUUUUUUUGUAACGAAUGUCACAAAGCAACUCAUGAUUGUCUUCAAGAGGAGCUCCAAGGGUAGACCACCAUGGGGCUUUCUGAGAUUGGACCAUUAGACCCAUAACAGGAAUGAUAACUUAAAGCAACACUAUAUAACUUUUCAACCUUUAUAAAAUAUUUUCAUAACAUUUGUAAUGAUACGUAGACUGACAACUAGUUGAAUGACACCUGUUUUAGAUCUUGAGGGGUCUGUAUCCCUUUCACCAUCUCUAAUUAUCUUUGAGGAGGCUGGCAGGAACCCUGCCACACAAAAAAAUUACAAAUGUGCUGACUGCUUUACGGCAUGCGUCACUUCCCCCUUUCAUUGUAAGGACUGAAAUUGAUGCGAAUGCUUUCACGCGAAUUCUGCAAAGAUGGCAGAGCAACAAAAAAGACAAAAAGUUUUGUCUGAGGAGGGGAAAAAAGGGAGGCUACCAGGAUACUCAAGAAUAAACAUUGGCCCGGCUUUCACUCGCUGGCGUGAAGCCCCCUUCACCCCCUAAACCGUUCUAGUCAACGCUGACGGGUUAGUGUAGAGGGGGUUAGCCACAGGGUUGCUAACCGUCAUAUGCUAUUGUUUAGCAACAACUGGAUUCAUUACCUUAUUACUAUUAAUCCUUCUCACAGUCGUUGGAAAUAGAAAUGUAUUGUAAUCCAUCUGCAGGUGACCGGGAGAUCAUGAUUUUACAACACUGUGUGGGUGAGCGCUAGUCCUUCUUCCUGAAGGCAAAACACUACCGCUUUUGUCCACGAGUGUCGCUAAAAUCAACCAAAACUGAAAAGUUACCUAGUGUUGCUUUAAACUAUUUUUGGAUUUUAGACUUAAACAAAUUUCAUGUUUUAAUCUGGCUCAAACUACCCCAGUGGGAAAUGUUUAGACUUUUCAUGCAUGUUUAAAAUAAUUCAAACUUUUACAAAUGACAUUUCAACUUUAUUUGUGGGUCUAAAUUACAGUCAUCCCUUCUAAUUAAAACUUGUUUUGAAAUAUACCUGCUUUUCUUUUACCGUUCCAAAAGUGAUUUACCGUAUUUUUCGGACUAUAAGUCGAACCGGAGCGUAAGUCGCAUUUUUGGGGGAAAUUUACUUGAUAAAAUCCAGCACAUAGAACAGAUAUGUCAUCUUGAAAGGCAAUUUAAAAUAAAAAAUACAGUAGAGAACAACAUGCUGAAUAAGUGUACAGUAUGAUAAUGUUACAUGAUGCAUGAGCAACGAAAUGCGAACGUCGCCGGUAUGUUAACGUAACAUAGCUAUAAAGAGCAUGAAAAAACAUGCUAACAAUUUUACCAAACCAUCAGUCUCACUCCAAAACACCAAAAUAACAUGUGAAAUGUUAUAAUAAUGUGUUAGUAAUUUCACACAUAAAUCGCUCCAGAGUAGAAAUCGCACCCCAGCCAAACUAUGAAAAAUAAUUGCGACUUAUAGUCCGAAAAAUACAGUACUCUUCUUAAAUAUACAAAUAAACUGUUUUCGGGACACACCUGAUGCUUUGUAAGCUCAAAUGUAAACAUGAAUCAACUUGAGAAAAUGCGUCUAACCUUUUGACCGGUAUAGUACAUAAAAACAUGCACAUGAUUUGUCCCUUUCAAAAUAUACCUCGAAAAAUCUCAUGAUUCUUUUAACUGAAUACUGAAAAUAAAAUGCCAUAAGCACGUUAACUGUAUUCCUUAGUUGACUGAUGAACAAGACUUGGAAAUCUGUAUUGGAUUAAUAUCGUGGAAAACAAGAUGUGACAUCAUGAGGCCUUUUUU